GGAAGAGGAGUAGAAGCAGGAGAGGAGAGGGACGAAGGAGAGGGCUUGAAGGUCGGUAUAUAAGGAGAGAACAGCUCCGGGCCGCCUCACUUCACACAGGACGUUCUUCGCAGCAGGCAUGAGGCUCCCGCUGUUAUUGUUAGUGGCCUUGAGCUGGAGUGCGCUGGUGGGUGCACAAGACGCUGGGCCUGAUUAUGACUAUUAUGAGUAUGGUGUGGAGGAAGCUGGCCCAGUGGGUGAUGAAGCAGUCCCUGCUGAUUUGGAGGCUGCCCCUCUGAGUGAGGAUGAGCCAGUUGAAGCUGCUCCAGUGACAGAAGCAACAACAGAGAAAACCACAACCACUGAGGCUGCCCCAAAGGGACGGCGAAGACUAGUCGCCAUCAAGAGUCCCGGAGACCGCAGGCGUCGCCUAGAUCUUACUAAACAAAGAGCUGCAGCUGCUGCUGCUGCUGCUGCAACUUCUUCUACACCCCCUAAGACUCCCAGUGAAGGUGCCCAGACAUCUGCCCAAGGAACUGGCCGUCGUGGCCGCCGCCCAUCCAGGCGUGGACAAGACCAAGAUCAAACUGAGGCCACUACAGAGGCAGCUCCUGUCCGCGGCCGAGGACGUGGCUCAUCGCGGUCUCGUUUGGGGAGUUCGGCAGCCACUGCCCCGUCAUCACCACAAAGUUCAUCUGGCCGCUUUAGUAGCCGCCGCAACAGUGGCCGUGCUACAACAGAGGCACCAGCUUCUACAACUGCCUCACACAGAUUCAGCCCAAGACGUCGCAGGCCCCAACCUACCCCACAAGAGGAGGAGACUUCAUCACCACCCAAUUCCUCAAGGCCAAGAAAUCAGAGGCCCGAUCGAAGAAAGUUAAGAGGGAGGCCACUGAGAGGCUUUAAGUUUGGAUCUAGAAGGACCUCAACUACCCGUGCUCCUGCAAAGACUAGUUCUACUACCACUACUACUACCACUACCACCACCACUACUACCCCUACUACAACUAUGACUCCUCCCCCUACCACUACUACUAGUACAACCACUGCAACCCCUGCUCCUCCUUCACCUCUUUCUACAUCAACUACGUCUACUACUACCACAACUACUCCUCCUCCUCCACCUCCUACUACAUCAACUACAUCUACUACUACCACAACUACUACUCCUCCUCCUCCACCUCCUACUACAUCAACUACAUCUACUACUACCACAACUACUACUCCUCCUCCUCCACCUCCUUCUACCACCACCACCACUACAACUACUACUACCCCUCAUACGACAACAACUCCCACUACCACUUCUACUGUUCCUACCACUACAUCUCGUCCUCCAAGAACUACUCCAGCACCAGCAGAGACAACUCCAACAACCCCCACAACCACUGAGGCACCCAGGACGACACCAGAACCCAUAGGUGAGGAAGAAACUGAACCUACAACUCCUGAAUUCAUUGAUGACGAAUUAGCCUCUCAAAGAACAGAAACCACAGACCCAAAAUUCAGUUAUGACAUAUUUACCUCUCAGUCAGGCAGAGCAAUCCCAGUCCCAGAGUUAAUUGAUGACAUAUUCACCACUCAAAGGACUCAAAUCCCAACCCCAGACUUUCAUGGUGAUGCAUUAAAACCAGAAAUACAAACUCCAGAAUUUGUUGACACUGACAUAAGAACAGAAAUCCCAACCCCACAAAUUGUUGAUACUGGAAUCCCAACUCCAGAAAUCAUAGAUACUGAAAUGAGAACUAAAAUUCAAACCCCAGAAUCAAAAGAUGCUAAAGUAAGAAUUCAAUUCCCACCCCAAGAAUUUCCUGGCACUGAAAUAACUGAACCUCCAACCCCAGAAUUAAAAAACACUAAAGUAAGGAUUGAACUCCCAACACCAGAAUUCACUGAUAUCAAAACAAGAACUGAAAUUCCAAUCGCAGAAAUCAUUGAUACGGAAAUUCCAACCCCAAAAUUCACUGACAGCAAAGUAAGAAUUCAACUUCCAAUGCCACAAUUCACUGAAACAAAAACUGAAAUCCCAACCCCAGAAUUCAUUGAUACCAAAGUGAGAAUUGAAAUCCCAACCCGUGAAAUCAAAUACACUGAAAUACGAACCACUGACGCCAAAAUAAGAACUGAAAUCCCAACCACAGAAUUCACUGACAAUGAAAUAAUAACUGAAGUCCCAGAAAUGAAUGAGACUGACGUAACUGAUCCCCCAACCCUUGAAAUAACUGAAACUGAUACAAUCCCAUCUGAAUUAAUUGACUCCCAGAUGACCAAACUCCCAGCCACAGAAUUCACUGAUAUCAAAGAAAGGACUGAAUUCCCAACCCUAGAAUUCAAGGACGAAGUAUUCACAACUGAUGUCCCAUCCUCUAAUUUUGAUGAUGCCUCUGUAACAGCUGCAAUACCAAUCCCAGAAUUCAUUGAGACUGAAAUGAAGACCAAAAAACCAUCCCAUGAAUUCACUGAUGCCCAUGAAAUACCACCUAUGGAAUUCACUGAAGACGCAUUAACAACUGAAAUCCCAACUUCAGAGUUUACUGAUGACAUAUUCACCACCCAACUAACUCACUCAAAACCACAAGUGCCCAACGUCCCAACCACCACAGAACAAACCCCAGCGAGCACAACAGCCACGCCUCCCCGGCCCUCCCCAGUGCCCAGAAUUGUUGAGACAAGAACCAAACCAUCGCGGUCACAGCAACGCAGAACCACCACGCCCUUCCCCCGCAUCUUCAGACCACUAGUAGUGAGGCCUACCACAACCACUACCCCCGAGCCAACAACCACUACGCCCACCACGACCACCAAAUCAUCCAGAAGAGGCUCCUCCAGAUACAACCCACCACCAGAGCCAUCUCAUCCCAAUAUAGAAAAAGAUGUAGCCUUGCAAUUCAAAUUCACUGCACCACUCUCAGACUCAGUCAAGUCUGGUUCCAGGAGCUCUUCUCUGCCAGAAACUGACAAUGAGGUGAAUGGAAGAUUUGUGUCUGAUACUCCUCGCAUGAAGCCAACUAGAAGACCAGCCACUGAGGCUCCAGUCCUCACCACCACCCAAAGCAGCAAGUUUCCCCACCCUAACUAUGGCAAGUCUGACAUUACCUAUGUUGGGGGUGAAGUGGUCAUCACUGAGGUAGGAACUAUGGAGGACACUCCACAAUAUGAAAUUCAGCGCAUCCUGGGAGGCCUUGGCAGCCGCAGAAGAGGUCUAGCAAGACCUCAAAAGUCACCAAAAAAACAAACAACCACCAAAAGCCCUCCAGUAGUAAAGGCUAAACCUGAGGAACCCAUAAAUGAUGAAUAUUAUGAUGACUACUAUUAUGACUACUAACAAUGGUUGUCUAAACAACAGUGUAUAGUAUCAAUGGAUAUUCCAAUCAUGUACCUCAAAGAUACUUUCAUUUGUACUGGAACACUGGUAAGUUGUGGUUAAAAUUUGAAGUUAAUUUUUGCUAUCUGUGACAUUUGAUUUUAAAUUAUUGUCAUUUGCGAGUCUUGGAAUCUAUUUCACUUAGUGAAAAAUCAACAUUCAUUGAAGUCUUACUCAACAGGCAUAUGAAAGCAUACAUUACUGUAACACAACUUAAGAGUAUAAAUUGUAAUUUUACAUUAUUCCAUUUCAAGAAAUGAGAAGUUCUAACCAUGUCUUUCUUUUGUUCUGGUAUAAUUCUUAGUGUUAUUUAUAGUAACAGAAAUGUUGUGGAAAUCCUUGCCAAAAGCUGGGCAUUUAAUUUGAAGUCCACUGUUUUAUGUGGUCUGUGCUCAAUUAUGGCAAUGCAGAGUUCAUAUUUCUGUGUGUGAUCCUGACAACUCCUGGUGCAGCACCACUCAGGUGUGGGACUCACAUCAUGCUACAGAUAACUACAAAUUUGUAAGUUAUUCCAUUGCCUUCAAAGACUGGGGCAUCAGGGUUUGUCAAGGUGAAGUCUAGGAUGCAGCAGCAUGGAGGCAUAUGUAUAUUCAUAAAACAAUCCUGUGGUGUAAUAAUGAAACUAUUUGGCUGCUGGUAAAAAUGAAACCAUCAUGUAUUUCAGUAUGAUGCUUCCCUUCACUGGAUAGCCACAAAGGAUUUCCAGUGAAGGCUUUUUUAAGAGAUGUGCUCCUUGCUUAUACAACCUAACUUUAACUAUGUUCCUUUCAGGAUAAUUUAUGUAUGUAUAUAGAUUAAUGUUAUUUAAAUAUUAACUAUCUGUCAAGUGUUAUAUAAGACUAGCUCUUUUACAUAAACUGUCCUGUCUGUAAUAAUGUGUGAUACUCAAUGGCAUUGUCCUAAUUAAAGCUAUAACGCUA